GAAACAGCAGAUACUGUGUACUGUCUGCACUUACUUUCCACUGAAUACAAUGAGGUCUUUCUGCAUUGUGCUCCUUCUUCUGAUAUCUGGAUCUUGUAAGGGACUUGGUUAUAUUGUACAUUAUUGUGAAAAAUAUAUAUUUAGUUAUUUAGGCUUUCAUUGAUUUUAAACAUGUUUAUCUUUCAGCUGUCCUUUCACAAGCAGUUACCCUGGAUCAACCUGAAUCUACAGUUGUGAAACCCUCAGAGGGUUUGAAACUGCCUUGUAAAGUUUCAGUGGCUGUUACUAGUUAUCACUGGUACUGGAUCAGACAGCUUCCAGGAAAGGGACUGGAAUAUAUCGGUCGUAUUAGCAGUGCCGGGGGCUCAGAGCCUGCUUCUUCUUUUAGCAGUCGAGCCACUUUCACCAGAGACACCGCAAAAAAUGAGAUUUAUGUACAAAUUACCAACAUGAGAAAUGAAGAAUCUGGCACAUAUUACUGUACAAGCACAAUGAGACAAGGGAACAAUAGACUGAUGACAAAACCUCUCAUAAAAGAGGAAAUAAGGGGAUGCUUUAUCGCACAAAACAGUGUAGUGCUAAAAAAGGGGAAUACAAAACAGUGA